UGUGCGAGUGUAAGGGAGAGGGCGCGCGCUCACACAAAGUUUGUGCCUGCGGGUGCGCCUACGACGGGCUCACCUGGCUCCGAGAGCCGCGGGCAGGCGGCCCGGGGGCGGCGAGAGCCCAGGCGGGCGGCGGCGGCGGCGGCAAUGCUUCGCGCCCCGCCGAGCCGGUUCCGCCGCGCUAGGUGAGCCCGCGCCAGGAGCGCGGGCCGCGGCCAUGGGCACCCUGGGCAAGGCGAGAGAGGCUCCGCGGAAACCUGCCCAUGGCUGCAGAGCUGCCCCUAAAGCAAGACUAGAGGCGAAGCCAGCCAGCAGCCCCUUCCCCUCCCAUCCCAGCCUGGCCCAGAUCACCCAGUUCCGAAUGAUGGUGUCUCUGGGACAUUUAGCCAAAGGAGCCAGCCUGGAUGAUCUCAUUGACAGCUGCAUUCAAUCUUUUGAUGCAGAUGGGAACCUGUGUCGAAGUAACCAACUGUUACAAGUCAUGCUGACCAUGCACCGAAUUAUCAUCUCCUCUGCUGAGCUACUCCAAAAAGUUAUCACCCUUUAUAAGGAUGCCUUGGCAAAGAAUUCACCAGGACUUUGUCUGAAGAUCUGCUAUUUUGUAAGAUAUUGGAUAACAGAAUUCUGGAUAAUGUUCAGAAUGGAUGCCAGCUUGACAAACACUAUGGAGGAGUUCCAGGAACUGGUGAAAGCUAAUGGUGAGGAGUUACACUGCCGCCUAAUUGACACAACUCAAAUCAAUGCCCGUGACUGGUCCAGGAAACUUACUCAAAGGAUAAAAUCGAACAGCAGCAAGAAACGGAAAGUCUCCCUGCUCUUUGACCAUCUGGAACCAGAAGAGCUGUCUGAGCACCUCACCUACCUUGAGUUCAAGUCCUUCCGAAGGAUAUCUUUCUCCGAUUAUCAGAAUUACCUUGUGAAUAGCUGUGUGAAGGAAAACCCCACCAUGGAGCGAUCCAUUGCCCUAUGCAAUGGCAUCUCUCAGUGGGUACAGCUGAUGGUUCUCAGCCGCCCCACCCCACAGCUCCGAGCAGAAGUCUUCAUCAAGUUUAUCCAGGUGGCUCAGAAACUCCAUCAACUACAGAACUUCAACACAUUGAUGGCUGUGAUAGGUGGGCUAUGUCACAGCUCAAUCUCCAGGCUCAAGGAGACAAGUUCGCAUGUCCCUCAUGAAAUCAAUAAGAUCCUGGGUGAGAUGACUGAGCUGCUGUCCUCAUGCAGAAACUAUGACAACUACCGGCGAGCCUAUGGGGAGUGCAGCCACUUCAAGAUCCCCAUCCUGGGGGUGCACCUCAAGGACCUCAUCUCCCUGUACGAAGCCAUGCCUGACUAUCUGGAGGAUGGGAAGGUGAACGUCCACAAGCUGCUGGCUCUUUACAAUCAUAUCAAUGAACUGGUCCAGCUGCAAGAAGUGGUACCGCCUUUGGAGGCCAACAAGGACUUGGUGCACCUGCUGACGUUAUCCCUGGAUCUUUACUACACUGAAGAUGAAAUCUAUGAACUUUCAUAUGCCCGGGAACCCAGGAAUCACAGAGCCCCACCUCUAACACCUUCAAAGCCACCUGUGGUAGUGGACUGGGCCUCUGGAGUAUCUCCCAAACCUGAUCCAAAGACCAUAAGCAAACACGUCCAGAGAAUGGUGGAUUCUGUCUUCAAGAACUAUGAUCAUGACCAGGAUGGAUACAUUUCUCAGGAAGAGUUUGAAAAGAUUGCUGCGAGUUUUCCAUUUUCCUUCUGUGUGAUGGACAAAGACAGGGAGGGCCUCAUCAGUAGGGACGAGAUCACGGCCUACUUCAUGAGAGCCAGCUCAAUCUACUCUAAGCUGGGUCUGGGCUUUCCUCACAACUUCCAAGAGACCACCUACUUGAAGCCCACUUUCUGUGACAACUGCGCUGGAUUUCUCUGGGGAGUCAUCAAACAAGGAUAUCGAUGUAAAGACUGUGGAAUGAACAGCCACAAACAAUGCAAAGAUUUGGUUGUGUUUGAGUGCAAGAAGCGAGCCAAGAACCCAGCAGUUCCCCCAGAGAACAGCACCUCUGUGGAGCCAACGCCCACUCUUUGCUCAGUGGGAGCCAAAGAUAUGCUUCAUGGACCUGAGGAAGGAGCAUUUACAUUCCCUAAUGGAGAGUCUAUAGAACACAGUGAGGAGAAUAAGGAUCGGACCAUCAUGCUGAUGGGAGUGUCCUCACAGAAGAUUUCUGUCCGGCUGAAGAGGACUGUCGCCCACAAGGCCACCCAGACUGAACCACUGCCUUGGAUUGGCAGUGAGGGCCCUUCUGGCCCCUUUGUACUGUCUUCCCCAAGGAAGACAACCCAGGAUACUCUUUACUUGCUUCCCAGUCCCACAUCUCCAUGCCCCAGCCCAGUCUUGGUUAGAAAGCGGGCUUUUGUCAAGUGGGAGAAUAAAGAAUCCCUGAUAAAAUCAAAGGAGGAGCUCCGUCAUCUGAAACUCCCAACCUACCAAGAGCUAGAACAGGAAAUAAAUACUCUGAAAGCAGAUAACAAUGCCCUAAAGAUCCAACUGAAAUAUGCACAGAAGAAAAUAGAGUCUCUUCAGCUUGAAAGAAGUAAUCAUGUCUUGGCUCAGAUGGAGCAGGGUGAUUGUUCUUAGCCCAGAAACUCAAGAAGCACCAUCUGUAGAAGAGUAUAUUGGAGACCUUGUUUCCUAAAACCUGAUUAACACAAAGACCUGGGGAACAUUAUGUUGACUCAUUUUUCAAAAGGUACUUGAAAAGGAAAAGCCAGUUACAUUUUUUUUACCUAAAAGAUUCCUAAUGUGCAGUUUUGCAUUGUUUCCUUUCAGUCAAUUGAAUCAAAAGGGGAAGAAAGCUGAAGAAUGCAAAACGUUUGCCAUUCAUAUCAUAAGCUUUUUUUUUUUUUUUUUGGGGGGGGGGACUUAUACUAAACGAAUGCUGAAAACAUAAUACAGUUUCCUAACAAGGAAGCUGCUCCUUACAUGCCCUGCCUGGCUGCUUCUUCCUUAGAAUUGGAAAAUGAAUUUGCUUCCUUUCCUGUUUUCUUGGGAUUUACUUGGUUCCAGCCAAAGCUUGUUUAUUAUGGGAAAAUACCCAUAACCCAAAAGUAGAUUUACUUCCUCUAUAUCCAGUAUUCUUUAUGAAUAUGGCCCCUAUUUUGCUACUUCAAAUCUAAUCAAUUACCCUCUUUUCCCUCCUUUCUCCAGUAUGCUCUUACAUACAUGAGGACAUCUACCUAAAAGCAAACUUCUAAAGAUAUAGCCAAAUUUUUAGGGGCCUAAUAAGCAACAUGGCAUUAUCCACGUGUAGGUCAACUCAUAGUUUUACUCUUGUAAUCAUCAUAAAAUAAGGAAACAAAUUAAUGCCUAUUAAUGGUUAUUACCAUCUCAUGCAUGAUUGGCUGAUAAGCUAGAUUAAACAUAAUGCAAACAUGAUGUUUGUCAUCAUAUAUUCUACAGUGGAUAGAAUUAGGAAUUUACAGCUUUUUUUAAACAGUCUGUGAAGAGUAAUUAACUCUAUGUUCCAUCCUUAUCUUUUUUUGAAGUAAACUACUUUUAAAGUUCUCUUUUUGAACUGAAUUUGUGCUUAAACUGUCUUCACUAUUCAUACUAUUUAGAAAUAAGCUAAGUGGCUUAGUGGCUUCAAUAAAAGCUGUCAACUUGUACAUAUGUAUAUAGUAUGUAAAGACCAUCAGACAUGCAUGUGGCUUGGAAUUUUGUUUCCUCCUUAAAAUGCAGAAGUGAGUUAAACAACUUUUAGUCAUUUACAUAAAUCCAGAAAUAUAAAGUUCCGUUUGUUACAAGACGAAGAUACUGUUCACAAUGUAAAUUGUAUUGUCUGGCAAAAUUACAAGUUAACAGUCCUGUAAAUUUCCUAUUAAUCAAGGUUAAUAUAAAUGGGUUCAUCUAGUUGUCUAUGCAACUGUUCAAAAACUCCUUUGUCAGCCUCUUCUCAUUUCUCUAAAAAUAUCACUAUCUUUUUCAUGCUUGAAAAGCCUGAUAGCAGGCUGACUUGAAAUUCAUUACACAAGUCGAUGAACUGCCAAGAAUGUAACAUUACCAACUAAAAAUUCCAAAGCUAAAACCAACAGCACCAGAUCUUAAUACAAAUUAUAUAUACAAUGUGGCUUACCUGAAGAAUUCAGACCAUUUAAGACAUUUCUUUUGGUGAAAAAUCAGUGCCUAUUUAUAUAUCUACUUAUACAGUAUAUUGCAGUGAGUUUUAGUGACAUAAAACUAGCUUUUAGUUUCAAGUAUGUCUUUCAAGUAUUUCAUUAAAUUUUAAAAAUUUGCUUUAUAUACAAAUUUACCCUUUUCUAAAUCCAAAUUCUGAAAUCCCCAGAUCAGGGCUGUUCAAGUCCACCAGCAGGUACAUAAACUUAUAAAAGCACCUUGCUUCUUACUUUAUGUGGAAAAUUGAAAGGCUUUGGCAUUUCUUAUUUACUAUCACUAUAGGGCAAGAAAGAACAACAAACUUUAUGACAAACUUUAAAAUUCACAACUUGUCACUAUUAUUUCUUUCCUGUGACACAGACUAAAGAGGGUACAGCUCAAUUUCUUUAAAUAUAGAAACAUAAUCCAAUUAAAAUUUUUCAUUCUUCCUACCUUCCAUCCAAAACAUAGACCCCAGAUUAGAUUUAUAUAAAUAACCUGUAAUCUCUAGGAACAGAAAAGCUCACACUCCCCUUGAUUUUUCAGAUUAACAGAGGGUCUCAAGUAUAACAGAAUUUAUCAUUAAAUGCAUGGGAGGCAGUAAAUUCAGCACAGGUUUUUACAGUCCAGCAUGCGCUAAAGACCUAUAGUGUGGAAGAUGGUAUUAUUUGUACUGAGCUGCAUAGUUAGUGGAAUCUACAAACAUAAUCUGAAACAAGUUUUUGGUUUAUCAAGGCUAGGAUGCAAAUUUCUGGGUCUCAUACUGACUUGAAAUGUUUUGGCAGGUAAAUGUAUUUAAAGAUACAUUUAUCUGCCAAAACAAGGACAAAUUUUGAUUUAUUAAGAGCAGUGUCACUUCUCAUUUUCUUGGGUAAUUGACUUGCCUUUUUCCUGAUUAUAUGUGAAUAACUGUCUAAAAAUGUAUAAUGUAUAAGAACUCCAAGAAAAGAAACAAAUGUACAGAUUGUAAAGUGUUUUUUUGAUACCUAUGUAAGUUUUCUUUGUGUAAUAUUUAUAUGAUAAAAGACAUUAGGAUCCCUACAA